AUGGCGGAUUCUCAUUCUCUCAACAAUCAGCUCUCGAGACACACUUCUAUCUUUGGUUUGCGUUUAUGGGUCGUUCUCGGCGUUUGCGUUGGAGCCGCGAUUGUUCUUUUGCUGUUUCUCAUUUCUCUCUGGUUCAUUUACAGACGAAGCAAUAGCAACAACAACAACAAAUCUCUUGAUUCUUCGUCAAAAUCGAAUCAUACAAUCGUCCCUGUUGUUUCCAAGGAGAUUCAAGAGAUUCGGGUCGACCCAUCUCGACCUAAUUUCAACCCAAUUCAACCCGACCCAUCACCGGAGACAAACCAACACCACCAAGCUUCGGCUAGAGAAGACGACACGAAAAUCCACAUCGAAAUCGGAAAAGAUCACCGGAUUUCGUACCCGGAGAGAGGAGGUUGGACUGGUUCCGGGUCAGGUUCCGGGUCGGGUGAUCAGGGUUUAUCGGGUCCUGAGGUUUCUCAUUUAGGUUGGGGACAUUGGUACACGUUGAGAGAGCUUGAGGUUUCUACGAAUGGAUUCUCCGACGAGAAUGUGAUCGGACAAGGAGGUUAUGGGAUUGUGUAUAGAGGUGUUCUUGAGGAUAAAUCAAUGGUGGCUGUAAAGAAUCUGCUAAACAACAGAGGACAAGCUGAGAAAGAAUUCAAAGUCGAAGUCGAAGCGAUUGGAAGAGUGAGACACAAGAAUCUGGUGAGAUUGCUUGGUUAUUGUGUUGAAGGAGCUCAUAGAAUGUUAGUUUAUGAAUAUGUUGAUAAUGGUAACUUAGAACAAUGGCUUCACGGUGAUGGGUUAGGUUUAAAGAGUCCUCUUACUUGGGAUAUUAGAAUGAACAUUGUUCUUGGAACAGCUAAAGGGUUAAUGUAUUUACACGAAGGUCUUGAGCCUAAAGUUGUUCACCGCGAUAUCAAAUCGAGUAAUAUCUUGCUUGACAAGCAAUGGAACGCUAAAGUUUCAGACUUUGGCUUAGCUAAGCUCUUGGGUUCAGAGAUGAGCUAUGUGACGACUCGUGUGAUGGGUACAUUCGGGUAUGUAGCUCCUGAGUAUGCGAGUACCGGGAUGUUGAAUGAGAGGAGCGAUGUUUAUAGCUUUGGUGUUCUUGUUAUGGAGAUGAUUUCAGGGAGGAGUCCUGUGGAUUAUAGCAGGCCUCCGGGAGAAGUGAAUCUUGUGGAAUGGUUGAAGAGAAUGGUGACGAAUCGAGAGGCGGAAGGAGUUUUGGAUCCAAGGUUGAUUGAGAAACCGUCGUUGAGGUCAUUGAAGCGUACUCUUUUGGUAGCUUUAAGAUGUGUUGAUCCUAAUGCUCAAAAGAGACCAAAGAUGGGUCAUAUCAUUCACAUGCUUGAAGCUGAGGACUUAAUCUCUAGAGAUGAUCGGAGAAACUCCGGAGGAGGAGGAGGAAUAGAUCCCGGAAGGUCACCGCGGAAGUCGAAGGUGAAUGAAACAGAGAGUGAGAGUGGUGAUUCUCUGAUCAACAAUGACCAGUUAGCUAUGGAGAAGGAGAAUCAGUAA